GCGGUGUAUGAAAGGUUGUCGCCAUUUUGUAUUAUGAAUUCAUUAAUUUUAAAAUGAUUUCUUAAGAAUUUGACUUGCUAACAUCUGAGAAUUACAAGCACGAAGAUGGAAGUUGUUCGUGUGUUCAAUAAUGAGUUAUCCUCAUUAUAUGAAGUCAAACCUCCUGUUUCAAAGGCAAAAAUGACACAAAUCACCAAAAGUGCAAUCAAGGGUAUAAAAUUUUACAAGCAUAUUGUGCAAAGUGUAGAAAAGUUCAUACAAAAGUGUCGGCCAGAGUACAAAGUUCCAGGGUUGUAUGUUGUGGACUCUAUAGUAAGGCAGUCUCGUCAUCAAUUUGGUGCUGAUAAAGAUGUCUUUGGGCCACGGUUUGUUAAAAAUAUUUCCAUUACAUUUCAACACCUGUUCAAGUGUUCAGAAGAUGACAGACCAAAAAUCAUUCGAGUUUUAAAUUUGUGGCAGAAAAAUAAUGUAUUUCCCAUUGAUGUGAUACAGCCUUUACUAGAUAUGGGGCAUCCUAAUUCUGCCACUGAAUCAUUAACAACAGUCGAAGAUGCUCAGAAUUCCCGGCACAAAGCAAAUGAUUCAAGCUGGAAAGGUUGGCCCCAGAGUAACGAAGAACCUGUGCCAGAAAAUAGAACAUAUGCUGAGAUAACAACUACAAAUCUUGAAAAAUUUACUAAAGCCGAAAUGAUUAAUUCUAUGGAAGAAGAAAUAUCUAGGUCAUCAGCAAACAAAAUACAAGCCAAACCUGUUGAAGAAACUGUUAAGUUUAAUAAAGAUCUGCUUGCUUUCGAUUAUGGGGAUGAAGAAGAUGAAGAAGAAGUCAAAAAUGAUGAUGGUCAUUUAUCUAACCAAACAAAUGCGCUGGCAUUUAGCAUGGCCCAGAAUUUUCUAAGCAAUCCAGACCUAUUAAAACAGAUUCAACAGAUGCAGAAAACAAUUCAACAAAAUGAAGCAUUAAAAGCAAUGAACUCGGAUCCAGCUAUGCAAACUCAAGCUAAAGCUGCAGAUAAUGACGGAACUUUUCAGUCUGAAGUUCACAACAGCCCUCAGCAACAUUUGUUGCCAUCAGCUCCUACGUAUCAGCAACCUAUAAUGCCUCAUAACCUGCAACUAUCGCAGAGUGAGGCCGACAGAGAUGACCGAGUAUUACCUGAACCGCAAAUGCCACCACGGGAUUUAGAUGAGAGAUCACUUGCUUCAGUUUUGGCAUCACAUGAUAGACUGUUACCUACCAUGUGCCUUGCAGCUUUUCAGCAAACAGGUCUAGCAACAAAUCUACCUGUUGCUCAUUGUGAAGCUGACAAGGAUGACAGAAAAAUACCUGAACCUGCCAGGCCACCACAAGAUUUAGAUGAACGAUCUCUUGCUUCAAUAAUUGCACCACUUGAUAGAGUUGUGCCAACUAUGCAGUACGCAGAUGGUACAAAUAUGUUAUAUUCAUACGACAAAAGCCAAAUGCAAUUUCCUCCGCCUCAACCAGGAAUGAACGUUUUAGACUCCCUAUCAAUGGAACGAUCCUUUUCUCAGGCUUUACCUCCUGAGCAGCACCUUCUGCCAAACAGUGGAAUUGAUGAAGAUGAUAGGGUGAUGUAUAGUCUUCCUGGAGAACCACCAUUACCUCCACAAGAUUUCGACGAGCGUUCAUUAAUGAUGCCUACGGAUGAACGAGGGCGAAAAGAAAAAUCACGAUCUCGAUCAGGAUCCAGGUCAAGAGGACGUGGAAAGCACAGAAGUCGCUCCCGAUCACCACGUAGGAAAAGAUCAGGAUCACGAUCCAGGACGCGUAAACGUUCUCGAUCAAGAGAAAGGGAAAGAAUACGAGAAAAGGAAAGAGAGCGAGAAAGGGAACGUGAAAGGAGGCGGAAGGGAAUACCACCUAUUAAGAAGGGCUUUAUUAGUGUGUGUAGUACAACAAUUUGGCUUGGACAUGUACCAAAAUCCUGUUCUGAAAUUGAUAUAAGCAGUUUAUUCUCACCUUAUGGAAGUAUUUCAUGCAUAGAUAUGAUUCCACCUAGAGGAUGUGCUUAUGUAGUAAUGGAGAGGCGACAAGAUGGUCAUCGAGCUUUGCAAAAAUUAAAAAAUGCAAAAUUGCAGGGAAGCACUAUAAAGAUGGCAUGGGCUCCUGGAAAAGGAGUGAAGGGCAAAGAGUAUAAAGAUUAUUGGGAGGUAGACUUGGGUGUAAGCUAUGUGCCAUUUGAAAAAGUGUCUGAUGACAGUGAAGCUUUAGAUCUGUUAGAAGAAGGUGGAUUUAUAGAUGAAGAUUCCUUACCUGACCACUUAAGAGCUUUGAAGAAAACUCCAAGUGAGGAAAAGCAAAGUGUUAACCUAAGUAAGGUGAAUAAUGAAACAUCAAAACCAUUUAAUGAGAUGACAACUGCGCCAAACAUGGUACCACCUCCCGUCAUUCCACCUACAUCAGUUGCUUUGCCAAUGGUUAUGCCUCAUCUGAUGCAACCUCAAUUUGGGUUGCAUUUGCCAGGAUUGUUGCCUCCUCAAGCAAUGGUAAUGCAAGUUCCCAUGGGAAUACCACCGCCAAACCCAAUGCUAAUGGUUCAGCCGCAAGCUCAAAAUAUUUUGAAUAAUCAACCUCUUCAAAUGGUCGGUGGAGUUCCACAGAUGGUUUCUCGAUCUGUUCCUCCACCUGUUACUUCUACCUUACCAAGUUUGAAAAAUAUCCCACGAGCAGAUCACAUUUUAGGAUCACCUAUGGUUGCAGCAACGACUACUACUGGUGAUGCAACUCCAACAGAAGAGGAUGGAACAAGUGUUUCUUCUCCAAAUGUUCUUCCAACAUCAUCAGCUGCAUCUACUUCACUUUCUAUUUCAUCUACACUUGCAGGAUCUACUCUCAGCCAGUUCAAUGCGCAGUUAAGUGUCCAUAAUGUUACCAGAUCUAUGCUGUCUGUUCCUCCUCCAGUAUCUACUGCAAUUGCACCAAUACCAUAUCCUCCACCUAAUGUGAAUUUUACCAUCCCUCCUCCUGGUGUAAGGCCUCCAGGUCAAGGUCACAUUAUUCCAAAUUCUCAGUUUCCAUGGAUGCCAAAGCUUUCUAAUACUUCCUUUGAUGCCGAAUCUGGUCAACCUAACUCAUCUGCUCCUCGAUCUAUAGUGCCCCCUCAAUCAGGAACACAUUUACAUAUGUUUGGAAACCGGCCACCUUUUCACGAAUCAUCUCCAACUCAACCUAAUACCCCUAUAAAAGAUCGAAGUGAUAGAAAUUCUGCAAACGUUGAUUCAUUAGGAAAUCGAAGCAUUUCUCCUCGUCAUGACAAAUCAGUUGAAAUGGUUAUCAGUACAGAUGAUGAGUCUUCUAUGGAUCAGGAAUAUCCUAGAGCUGAAAUCCCUCCUGGAGGACCUGGACCUAGAUUUCCAAUCACAGAAUUUCCAAGAAUUCCUUUAAAUAUGCCCCGAAUGCUGGGACCACCACCACCGGGUCCAAUGCAAGGUCCCAGAUUUUCACGGGGCAUGCAUAUGGGUUCACCAUAUCCAAUGAGGAUGGGUGGACCAAGAGGAAUUGGAGGGCAUGGUAUGCAUCCCAGAAUGGAGAUGGAAUUUGCAAUGCAUGCAGCAGGUUCCCUGGGUCCUAGAAUUCCUACACCGCACAGAAAUGAAAUGCACCCUCAUGAAGGUAGAAAUUGGUAUAAUCGUGAUAAUCCUCCUUUCGAAAGAGACGGAGAUCGUCACUUUCGCAAUGAUUGGAAUCGCGACAGUUGGGUAACAUCUGAUGAUGUUGAAACAAAUUCAGCUCAUUUGCCUAGAACUAAUGAUGGCAAUAGGCAGGAUGAUAGCAUGGAUCAGUGGAAUCGUGGUGGACGUUUGUCCGAAAUGGAAAAGGGAAAUAAUAACGAAACCAGUUUUAGUUCAGACAAAAACAACUCUCCUGUGAAAGGUGAUAAGUUUAGUUCUGAUAAAGGUGAUAAGAAAACUGAUAAACCUAAAUUAAGUAAGAGUUUGAUGCAUGAUAUGUUUAAAUUGCAAUUUUAUCAAAGGGACCAAAAACCUAGUAUUUCACUAAGUAAAAAGCUAGAAAAAAGUAGAUUAGAAAAGCUAGAAGAAAGUAGAUUACAAAAGCUAAAAGCUCAAAAUGCUGAGAAAGAAAAUUCUACCACCCUCAAACCUGAAGAUGUUAAGACUGAAAAUACUAUUGCGCUGUCUGGAGUGGAAAGUGAAGAGAAGAAAUCUUCAAAUGAUUCAAUGCAAUUGCUACACUCUUCAGGUACGACAAAAAGGGAUAGAGAUGCUCGGAAAAGAUCUCGAUGGGGCCGCACGCUUUCAGAGGAGCGUGAAUUCCAAGAGCAAAAACGUUUCGAAAUAGAAUUGAAAUUCCAAAGCUACGAACAAUCUCAUGCUGCUCAGCAACCUCCAGUAAACCCUAAUUCAGAAACAGAGAAUCCGAUUCCGACAGAAAAUUCCAGUGAUGUGGAAGUACAAAAUGCUCCUAUGAAUACAAAUUGUGAUAUUGUAAAUACUCCGGUGUCUCAAGAUAAUGAAGUUGCUACACAUGUGCAAGCUAGUGAAGUUGCAUCUGAUUUACUAGAUAGUACUCUAUCGCAUUCAAUCAAAGAUGAAACUAAUAUUAAUAGUAUGAAGUCUUCAGAUGAUAAAUCAGACUUUGAAAGUACAAUAACCUCUUCCUCACAAGACAAUAUGGCUAACAAUAAUAAUACAAUAGCACCAGCAAUAAUGGACAGUACAGUUAUUGAUAGUAGUACAGUAUCUACAAUGAUAGACAAUACUGACAUUGUUAGCCCAACAGUUGCACCUACGAGGCUAGAUGAUAUAGCUAUGGUUAAUUCUGAAAGUCUUUCAAACACCCCAUUGUUGAAAGAUGAUGUAGCCAUGAUAGAUAACGAAAGUGUUUCAAACACACCUAUGGUGAUAGAUAACUCGGUUAAUAAUGAAAAUGUUUCAGACAUACCCGAGAUGACGCAUCCCAAAGAUGAUGUUGCUCUAGUUACUUUGGAAAGUGUUACAAAUACACCUGCAUCAAAACAGAUAGUCACGGUCAAUCUUGAAAAUAUAACGUCAAAUCAGUCAGACAGUCUAAAUACUCCAACUGUUUUAAAUGAAAAAAUUAAUUUAGACAAUAUGAAGUCUCCAAUACUACCAAAUCAUUUAACAGAAAGUACUAUAGAAAGUGGAGAAAAUACUAGUGAUCUCACUGCAAAUACACAAGAUGGUGUGAGAACUAUACCAGAUGAUAAUGAAAGGAUAGAAAAUGCUAAUAUAACAAAUUCUCCACUAUUAUCUGCUGAAAAUUAAUAUAAAAUUAAAAUAAUGCUUGUCUUCACUUGUGUAUAUCAUCAAAACUCCCAGCUCAGAAUAACUUAUGUGCUUUAAAGUUAUGCUUAAGGCAUUUUAAACUUCAUACAUCUGCCAUUUAAAAGCCAAAUAUUAUUGGCUGUUGUUAUAUAAGACUUCUUACAAGUUGUUUAAAGUUGUACAAAUGCAUAUAGAUAUAAAUUAUCUAUUCUUCUAUUUUUAUUUUUUAGGUAAAUAAAUUAAAAUUAUAUUGUUAUGUUUUAAUCCUGCAGUUUUUCUCAGUUCAUCACUGAUAUAUCUGGUAAUUUCUGUAACAUCUAUGCACAAAUACUGAAAUCCUUGUUUACUUUGAACUUAUUAUUUGACUGAUAACUUUACACAGCAGAAAAUGGUAAGUUUUAUUGUCAAAUGCAAAUGACAAAGAUUAUCAAGAAGUGCACAUUAAGCAACAUGUGGAAAACAGCUUUGCUGUGGACUUCGCUCACUUACAUUCAAUUGGAUGUAAGUUCCAAGGUACUGUUGAUUUUUCUUUUUGAAUUCCUUUGAAUUUGAAAAUUUAGAGUUGCCAACUACAGAUGCUGAAAAUUUUGAAAUGUUUGCAUGUUUGUUACAGCUCUAGUCUACUCCAACAAAAGCAAUCUUGAAAUCAAGUUCUUUUUCCCAUAAAUGUGAUUGCCAAAAAUGAAAAGGUUAAGUUUUUAUUUAGCUUUGAUCUGUUGGUUAUUCUCUGAACUCAUCAAAGAAAUGACUAUUGAAUCCAAUUGAAUUUUUCAAUUCCUUACAGAAAUGAUUCGCUGUGAGAAGAAAACAACACUAAGAACCUUGGAAGUUGAUACUAAAACAAAGUAAAGGGAAAUGCUCUUACAUUUAAAGAACCUUUUAUUUUAUGUUGUGGAUUGUGUUGCAGUUUAAGGAGGACAAUUGCAUUGAAAUAGUUUUAAUUCUUUGGGUUUAAAGUAACAAAUUGAAUACUUUCUGACAUAUUUUGAUGUAUUGUUGGCAACUCUAUACCUAUGCCACAGAUUUUAAAGUGUGCCAAAAAAAAAAAAUGUGAAUAAAAAUGGAGUUUUUCACAGCAAUUUUUCUCAACAUCCUUCUACAUUACAAACAAUCAACGAAUGUAAAGUUUGUUCAUUUGGAUGCUGCUUUUGUAGAAGUGAUACAGUAAUUGUAAAAUUAUUUUGAAGUAAUAAUUGGAUUUGUGCAUGUUUACCAAUUAGUAAAUUUUACUAACUCUCUGCAAAACAGACUUCUGUUCUCUCUCUUGUUUAGAAAACAAUUCCUGAUGUUCAUUCAAGUAGUUUUGUACCUUUGUAUUAUUAAAUAGUUCAUUAACUGUGCUUUAACACUUUUGAAACUGUGGCAUCAGGUAUUUAAAAAUAAUGUCUAUUAUUGUGCCAUUUAACUUUCAAUUUGUAAAAUAAUACUUUCCUUUAAAUUGGCAGUGAGAUGUCUUUUUUAUUAUUAUUAAAUAAACCCUUAUUAUCCAUUAAGAUAUGGAUUUUAGGUAACAAUGCAACUAUUUUAUUGAGGUUUUCUUACUACCGAAUUUCUAAUUUUUUUAGCCUCAUGGUAGAAAAGGAAGGGGGUCGGCUAGAGUAAUUUAAAGUAUAAUUCAAGCAAAAGUAUGCUGGGAGUGUCAAAGUAACUGAUAUGAAAAUUACAGUAAUUGUAGAAGCACUUUUUAUGAUAUCACUCAAAAUAGUUUUUGUAUUAAAAAGGCGAUUUCGGAAGAGAAUGUUGAUCCAGAAAGAAAUAACUGUUG